CGGGGCAGCUUUGUCGGUGCACCCUAACUCCAGCGGUCGUCAGCGUAGAGGAGCAGCUGCAGCGACUGGGCGCCCUCCGUGCCCCACUUCUCGUGCUCUCUUUCCCAGCCUGGCCUGGAUUGAUCUCUGCCCCGGUCUCCAGGGGCGCAGCUCUCCUACAGUAAGUCUUCCAGGCCGGGCGCAGCAGGCUCCAGGAAAGCAGCAGACACCUGCCUUUGCCACAAUGCUGUCAUCCAGUGACUUUGCAUCUGCUUCCUGGGAGCUGGUAGUCCACGUUGACCAUCCCAAUGAGCAAGUGCAAAAAGACAUCAAGCUGAGAGUAUCCGGAGACCUGCAUGUUGGGGGUGUGAUAUUCCAGUUAGUGGAGCAGAUCAAAAUACCCCAAGACUGGUCAGACUUUGCCCUUUGGUGGGAACAGAAGCAUUGCUGGCUUCUGAAAACCCACUGGACCCUGGACAAAUAUGGCGUCCAGGCAGAUGCAAAGCUUCUCUUCACCCCUCAGCAUAAAAUGCUUCGUCUGCGCCUGCCCAACCUGAAGACCGUGAGAUUGCGUGUCAGCUUCUCGGCUGUGGUUUUCAAGGCUGUCAGUGAUAUCUGCAGAACUCUCAAUAUUAGAAGAUCAGAAGAACUUUCCUUGUUAAAGCCUUCUGGUGACUAUUUUAAGAAGAAAAAGAAAAAAGACAAAAAUAAUAAGGAGCCCUUAAUUGAAGAUAUUCUAAACCUGGAGAGUUCUCCAACAAUUUCAGGUUCACCAGUAAGCCCUGGCUUGUACAGUAAAACCAUGACUCCUAUAUACGACCCCAUUAAUGGCACACCCGCAUCAUCCACCAUGACUUGGUUCACUGACAGCCCUUUGACGGAACAAAACUGCAGCAUCCUCGCAUUCAGCCAGCCCCCGCCAUUGCCAGAAACACUUGCUGACAUGUACCAGCCUCGGUCUGUGGUUGAUAAAGCCAAGCUGAAUGCAGGCUGGCUAGAUUCCUCGCGCUCUCUUAUGGAACAAGGCAUCCAAGAAGAUGAGCAACUGCUGCUUCGGUUUAAAUACUACUCUUUUUUUGACUUGAAUCCUAAAUAUGAUGCGGUCCGAAUAAACCAGCUCUAUGAACAAGCCAGGUGGGCUGUUCUCUUAGAAGAAAUUGACUGCACAGAGGAGGAAAUGUUGAUCUUUGCAGCUCUACAGUAUCACAUCAGCAAACUCUCACUGUCCGCUGAAACACAGGAUUUUACAAAUGAGUCUGAGGUUGACGAAGUAGAAGCAGCACUUUCUAAUUUGGAAGUGACCCUAGAAGGUGGAAAAGCAGACAAAACUUUGGAGGACAUUACUGAUAUCCCUAAACUUGCAGAUAAUCUCAAAUUAUUUAGGCCCAAGAAGUUACUAUUAAAAGCUUUCAAGCAAUAUUGGUUUGUCUUUAAAGACACGUCUAUAGCCUACUUUAAAAAUCAAGAACUUGAACAAGGAGAGCCGGUAGAGAGACUAAAUCUUAGAGGUUGCGAAGUUGUCCCGGAUGUAAAUGUAGCAGGGAGAAAAUUUGGAAUCAAGUUACUAAUCCCUGUUGCUGAUGGUAUGAAUGAGGUGUAUUUGAGAUGUGACCAUGAGAAUCAAUAUGCCCGAUGGAUGGCUGCCUGCAUUUUGGCAUCAAAGGGGAAAACGAUGGCAGACAGCUCCUACCAGCCAGAAGUCCUCAACAUCCUUUCAUUUCUGAGGAUGAAAAACCGGAACUCCACUUCUCCGGUGACGUCCAGUCCCGAAAGCAUGGACAUGAACCCGGAAUGUUUUGUGUCACCUCGGUGUGCAAAAAAGCACAAAUCUAAGCAGCUGGCAGCCCGGAUCCUGGAAGCCCAUCAGAAUGUGGCACAGAUGCCACUGGUGGAAGCCAAGCUGCGGUUCAUCCAGGCGUGGCAGUCCCUACCUGAAUUUGGCCUCACCUACUACCUUGUCAGAUUUAAAGGAAUCAAGAAAGAUGACAUUCUUGGAGUUUCCUAUAACAGGCUGAUUAGAAUUGAUGCAGCCACUGGGAUUCCAAUUACAACAUGGAGAUUUGCAAAUAUGAAACAGUGGAAUGUAAAUUGGGAAAUCCGGCAGGUGGUGAUUGAGUUUGACCAGGACGUCUUUAUUGCAUUCACUUGCCUGAGUGCGGAUUGUAAGAUCGUGCACGAAUUUAUCGGUGGCUACAUUUUCUUGUCCACCCGCUCCAAGGACCAGAAUGAAACACUUGAUGAGGACCUGUUCCACAAAUUGACUGGCGGCCAGGACUGAAGGGAAGCAAGCCUUCUUGAC